AUGGAUAACGAAGACCUUACUGCAUCCCACUGGGAUGAUGUUUUGUCCCCUCGAGAUGAAUUCGCUUCUACUCCAACAGGCACUACCUCCAAUACCAACAACUCCACAAAUUUACACAGUUCUAUGAUUGCACCAUUGGGUAAUCAAUUUAAUUCUCUUUCAAUGGAUGAUCCAUUUGCCAGUCCAAUGGGAUUUGGCAGUAGUAGCAUGCCUUCAGCUAGCCAUUUUGGUGAUUAUAGAGAUGAUUAUGCUGAUGAAGACGACGAGAAUGAUGAUGAAGAUGACGAAAGACAACAACAACAACAAGGUGAAGCUAUCCAUACUCAGAAUGACUUCUACAAUGCAGUUCAAGCUGAGAAUGAACAGCAGGAGGAAUUAAGAAAAGAGGAAAGGAAAGAACAUAAGAAUCAACUUCUAUCGGAAUUGACGCAAGGUUCUGAAGAACGUCCAUUAAUGCUUGAAUCAUCAGUGAUUUCACCUCAGAAAGUCACUCCAUCAGAAUCUUUAUUCAAUGAUAAGGGAAGUCCAAUUAAGAUCAACAAACAAGAUCAAAUGAAGGUUACUUCUCCGAGUAAACCAAUAAAUAUCAAACAUAGUCAAUUUAAAGCUACUAGACCGAGAAAAUUUACUUCCAAGAUCAAUGUUAAACAUUUGAAUACUGAGGGAAGUAAUCCUUUAGGUCCAUUGGGUAAGGAUGAAAACAAGGACGAUGAUAAAUCAUCAGAUAAUUCUCCAAUAUCUAGUGUUGCAGCAUCAAUGGCCCAAGAAAUUGAUGCACCACUUUAUAAUAUCAAUCCAGCAGAUGAAAGAUUACAUGCAACUCCAAAGAUCAAGAAAAAGACCCCAACUUCAGACCAACCCAAGGCUACAGAAAAUGUUUUGGAUAUAUCAGUUGGAGAUCCCAUGAAGAUUGGUGAUAUUACAAAUGCCCAUAUAGUAUACACAAUCAAAACAAGAAACAAAAAUUUAGAAUCACCUAAUUUCCCCCAAAAUGAUACUACUGAAGUUACGAGAAGAUAUAGAGAUUUCAGAUGGAUAUAUCAUCAAUUACAAAACAACCAUCCUGGGAAAAUAAUCCCCCCUCCACCAUCAAAACAAACAUAUAUUGGAAGAUUUAAUGAAAAUUUCAUUGAAAAUAGACGAUUAUCACUUGAAAAAAUGUUAAGUAAAAUAAGCCAUAUUCCAAUAUUAUGUAAUGAUCCCGAUUUUGUUAUGUUUUUGGUUAGUGAUGAUUUCAUUAAUGAAUCACGUGAACGGGAAAGAUUAUCCGGAUCUGGUGCAUCUACUCAAAAUAGUGAAUCACUUGAUGGUGCUGGUGGAGGAGGUGGUGGGACUCCAGGUGCUGGAGAUAAUGAUUCAAGCAGUUCUACCGGGAGUUUGAGUGGGAUAAAUGUUGUUGGUGGUGGAGGAAGUGGUGCUGGUGGAUUUAUGAGUUCGUUGUUUUCUAUGUCUACUAGAAUAAAUGAACCUGAUGAAUUUUUUAUUGAGAGGAAACAAUAUAUUGAAGAUUUGGAGUAUAAUCUCAAACAAUUCUACAAGGCAAUUGAAGUUAUUGGACAACAAAGAGCAGAUAUGGUUGUUGUAUUGGAUGAGAUAUCACUUACAUUGGAUGAGUUAUCUGCAUUGGAGAUUCUGAAGGUUACCAGUGAGUUAUUGGCUGCGUUUAGUGAUAUACAAUUGAAGAUUAAGGAUAAUUUAGAUCGAAUCAAUUUACAAGAUCAAUUAACUUUAGGGUUCACAAUUGAAGAAUAUUUACGGAUAAUAGGACUGAUUAAAUUUGUGUUUGAAACUAGAAUGAAGAUUUAUACACAAUAUUAUAAUUUUAACCAAGAAUUAAUUAAGAAACAAGGUCAAUUAGAUAAAUUAGAACGGAAAUAUAAUCGUGCUCAAUAUAUUGAUAAGAUUAAUCUGUUAACAUUUGAAGUUGAUAAGUUAAAACAAAAAACCAGUACUUUUGAAAUUAAUUUUAAAACAAUUAGUGAAACUAUUAAACAAGAAUUAGAAAAUUUUGAAUUUGAAAGAAUUGAUGAUUUUAGAAAUAGUGUUGAAAUUUUCAUAGAAAGUUCAAUUGAAUCACAGAAAGAAGCCAUUGAAUUGUAUGAAACCUUUUAUGAACGUCAACAUUUGGGAGAUGUAUAG